AUGUCUUCGCACUAUAAUGUUCUGCCUAUAUACCAUGACCAUUUUAGGCCAGGACAGAAUAUUUUCUUCGUCCGUAAAGGGAAUAAUCUCCCCUCAUUUAACAAUCUUUUCUUUAGCCCUAUAUUUAAAAAGUGUGCCCUAGUAGUGGCCAUCUUUUUUCUUGUUGGAUAUUUCAUAUACCAAGAUAUAGAAACACAAAACAUCAUCCCAGCUGCUGUGGAGUCCGCAUCUGCUAGCCUUUCUUACCGCACUGCGUCUUCUUCUGAAGAAUCGGCAAACACCAAUGCUCCCUCAUCUCAAAAGAUUGCCAUCGUUACUUAUUUUACGAAGGAUAAUAAUGCCCAGAACCUAAAAAAACGAUCGUUCCCCAAUUUCAAGCAAUAUGCUGAGAAGUUUGGAUAUGACGUCGUUGAUGUGUUGGACGAUCCCGUUAUUCUCUCUUUCUACGAAAAGGAAUUUAAGCCAAAGUACAAAUCGCUUCAUUACUUGAAAUUUUUCGCGAUGUCAUACAUGCUUCCAAAAUAUGACUGGGUUAUGUGGGCCGAUGGGGAUUCUCUUUUUUUAAACCAGUCAAUUCCACUGACAACUUUUACUGAAAACACGCCGUUUGAUGCCAUUUUUACGGUCAAUCCGCUGAUUGAGUCUCCUUGGGCACGUAUAAUAAAUGCUGGGCACUACUUUCUUCGAAAUUCCCCUUGGACCGUGACCAACUUUCUUCCCCUCGCCCAAAAGAUGGCAUUAUCUUGCACCGAUUUUUUUAAAGAAACCGGAUUGAAGAUCCCGGCUCCCCUUAAUGAAGUUUUUGAAAUAUGUAACCAGGACACUGGUGAAUGGUGGAGUGAAGAUCAAGGUGUCCUCCAAUAUCUUUUGGACGAAGCCCCUACCUCUUUCCAAUGUCACGUCCAGAGAAGAGGCUUUCGCGAUUUCAACUCAGAAUACCCUUGGUACGGCGACGGUGAUCUUGUCCUGCAUUUUCCAGGAACCACUCCGAAUGAAAGACUUGAGCUUAUGGAUUUGGUGCUAAGAAACGCUAAUUUUACCACCGGGGUUGUUGAUAGGGCUGGUCCCGGUCUUGACGAGUUGGCCCCAGUGUUCAAUGAAAGAAACGUUGCUGGAAUGUACGAUGAAUUCUAUUCGUUUUUAAAUUCUCCUUGUAAAUAG